AUGGGACGCGGCAGCCAUGUGCGGACCAUCCUCGUGGUGCUGGUGAUCGCAGUGUCCGCGGGGGAGAUGCGUGCACAAGGCGUAGAGAGAAGAACUCCGGAGCCUGGCAGGGACGUCUUUACACAUGCACCCACAGACGAGCGAGAAGGAGAGGUGCGCCCCGUCUCCACAGCUCCUCCUGAACACGCCCAGAGGGGGCUGCUUCUGCCUGGACACAUCCUCACCAGGGAAUUCCAGGGGGACCAGCAUUACUUCAGGAGAGACAGCUCUGUGGCGGCCUAUCCCACGAUGCCGAGUGUUUUACAUGCAGGGGAGACGCACGGCUCCGCUACCCAACUAGUACCCCACGAAGAGGCCCCGCCCUUUUCGGACUUUGCCACAAAAUCCACAACUCCCGCCACCACGCCCGUUACUGCUUUCACCACCCCAACCUUCAGGCUGCCUUUAUCUCAAAAUAAGCCCACGGCGGACAGGACGAGGGAUGUAUUUCCGACGACAGACUCGCUAACAACACAAAUGACUCAAGGCAGUGAUAACAAUAAAAACAAUCCACAAAGAGAGGGUCCAGCAGCCAGCCCCCCAUCACUCUCAACAAGCACGGAAAAAGCAGAAGAGAGAGAGAAUACAAAUAAAAGCAGCACUGAUAAUUUCCCUUCUGCAUCCAGCUUUGGAAGUGGCCUUGUGAAGUCCACGGCUACCACUAUCACCACCAUGCAAACAUCUGAAUCAUGCAGUAUGAAUUUCACUGACCCCGAGGGUAAUAUCGACAUCAGGCAGACGCUGGACCCUGGAGUGGAGUGCAACUACUUUGUGACUGUCUACUUGGGAUAUGGCAUUGAGGUUCAGGUUGUCAAUGUGAGUGUUUUGGCCGGGGACCAGGUGACUGUGGAGGACACAGGUGGCAGAGAGCCCUCCAUCCUGGCCAACCAAACAGUGCUGUUGCGAGGCCUUGUAAUGCGCAGCUGGAGCAACCAAAUCUCAAUCCGCUUUCGGAGCGACCAACAGUCAAACCCUGGAUUCCUCCUACUGAGCUACCAAGCAUUCGUGCUGAGCUGUGGAUUCCCCAAAGAGCCCACUGGAGGAGAGGUGUCUGUGACUCACCUUCAUCCUGGCGGAGAAGCCUUCUUUAGCUGCUUGACUGGCUACAAGUUACAAGGGCCCAAAAUGCUUUCAUGUCGCAAUGCAACCACGCCAUACUGGAGCGGGAAGGAACCGCGCUGCAUAGCGUCCUGCGGAGGAAUGAUAAAAAACGCCACCUAUGGUCGCAUAGUCUCGCCUGGUUUCCCUGGCAACUACAGUAACAAUCUGACGUGCCACUGGGUCCUGGAGGCCCCCGAGGGCCACAAGCUGCACGUGCACUUUGAAAAGGUGGCUCUGGCAGAAGAUGAUGACAGGCUGCUGAUUAAAAAUGGCAACAACAUCGACUCUCCGCCCAUCUAUGACUCCUACGAGGUGGAGUACCUGCCCAACGAAGGCCUCCUCAGCACUGGACGCUACCUGUUCGUGGAGUUCACAACAGAUGGAAGCUUAACCUCCACUGGGGCAGCUAUCAGAUAUGAAUCUUUCGCCAAAGGAAUGUGCUACGAGCCUUUUGUGAAGUAUGGAAACUUCAGCAGCUCGGACUCCUCGUAUGGUGUGGGAGCCGUAGUUGAAUUCUCCUGUGACCCUGGCUACACCCUUGAGCAAGGCUCUGUUGUUAUUGAGUGUGUGGACCCAGAAAACCCUCAGUGGAACGAGACUGAGCCAGCGUGUCGAGCUGUGUGCAGCGGAGAGAUCACAGACUCGGCUGGUGUUGUGCUGUCUCCUAAUUGGCCCGAGGCCUAUGACAAGGGGCAGGACUGCAUCUGGGGCAUCCACGUGGAAGAGGACAAGAGGAUCAUGCUCGACAUUCAAGUCCUCCAUCUUGGAAAGAAUGACCUCUUGACGUUCUACGACGGUGAUGACCUGACAGCUAACAUCCUGGGCCAGUACAGCGGCACGCGGCCACACUUCAAACUCUACACGUCCAUGGCAGACGUGACUGUUCAGUUUCAGUCCGACCCGGCCACAAACAUCUACGGAUACAACAACGGAUUUGUGGUUCACUUCUUUGAAGUGGCCAGGAAUGACACAUGCUCUGAGCUUCCGGAAAUUAGCAACGGCUGGAAGAGCACAUCACACCCUGACCUUAUCCACGGAACUGUCGUCACCUACCAGUGUUACCCCGGAUACGAGCUGGUGGGCUACGAGAUCCUCAUGUGCCAAUGGGACCUGACGUGGAGCGGGGACGUGCCCAAGUGUGAGGAAGUGAUGACGUGCCAAGACCCUGGGAAUGUGGAGCACAGUCGUAAGGUGGUCACCGGAGCCCGCUUUACUGUGGGGUCAACCGUGCAGUUCUUCUGUAAUAAAGGCUACAUCAUAUCUGGCAACGGCCUGCUCACCUGCCACAACAGAGACACGGCCAAGCCUAAGUGGAGUGAGAGGCUUCCCAAAUGUUCCCCGGAGAAAUAUGAGCCGUGCAGGAACCCUGGGGCUCCAUCCACCAGUGUCCAGAGCGUGGAGAAGGCCUUCUAUCAGGCUGGAGAGACGCUCACCUUCUCCUGCCACUCCGGUCAUGAGAUGCAGGGCCAUGCCACCAUCUACUGCAUCCCGGGACACCCCUCACAGUGGAACAGCACGCCCCCUGCCUGCAAAGCGUUGACAAACCACUACAUCGACGAACGUAGAUUAGAUGUUUCCAAAGUCGAUUAUGAACUAGAGGGCACCAACAUAGCCCUGAUUGUUUUCAUACCCACUGCAGUCAUCCUUGCGGCAGUACUAGCGAUUUAUGUCUACUUUGUAAAGCUGCAAGGAAAAACCAUUCGAAUGCCAUCAUCAUCAUCAUCGCCGCCGUAUGACAACAUGACGGAGGAGUCUGCGUUCGAGAACCCCAUAUAUGACAGCGGAAGAGAAAUGGAAAUGGGGAAGAAGAAAAAAAUACAGCAGCAUCUCGCAAGACAAGAGAAAGAAGGCGUGUCGUUUUGCAGCCGCUGGAGCCAAGUGCAGAAGGAGGAGGUGGAGAGUCACAAGCGCAAGAGUUGGAGUCCCAGAGGUGCGUCUGUAAUCACAAAAGACUUUUGGCGUGUUGGUGAAAAGAAAUCGGCAGCUUCACAAAGACAUCGUCACCAAACAGAGAGAGAACAGCUCUGUGCGGGAGAGAACCAAAACAAGAACAUUCCAAUACAACAUAAUGGUACAGUCCCCCUCAGCGCUCAUGUGGAGGGGCCAGAGCGAAUGAACCGCGUCGACGAUAAUGCAGCAUGA